UUGAUGAACUAAAAAGAGACCAAGAUCUGCCGACCUAUGCAGCUUAUCAUAUUCUAUAGCUGCUCUACUGACUAAAUUUUUAAGUAUUCUAUUUUUAAUUUUUAACAAUAUAUUUAUAUUACAAUGAUGUAACUUUUCUGAUUUAUAUAAUAUAAAAAAAAGACAAAAGUCAUUUAUGUUGGCCUCCAAAGGCACCCUCCUCCUUAGUAUAUACGUAAGCAGUCGCCGCGUUAAGCGGACCAAGCCAUAACUUCGAGAAGCGAAGGCCAGCGGCUUCGCUCUUUCCAUCGUCUUUUACCCCCGUCUCGCUCCCUCCAUUUAUUUUCUCUCUUCUAGAACCGAAGAAAAGUAAAACUUCUCUCUUUCUGAUAUACCCCCCCUUCCCCAAUAUAAAUUCCGGGCCUCGACGACGAAGUACACUCACCCACCGAUCCCCACGAAUCCGACGGCGACGAGUCCACCCUCUCCCUCUCCGACCUCCCAAUGAACAGUCCACACUUCUCCGACGCCCGGAACUCUCCCACCGGCCGCUGCUCCGCCCCUCCGCGAACCGACCUCUUUGAAUUCUUCUUCCACGGCCCCCGUUCCCCGGUGGAGAUGUGUACCGCCGACGACGUAUUCCUCCAAGGAAAGCUCCUUCCUUUCGGAGCGGCGCCACCUCGUCCGCCCAAGAAAGAUGAAAUCUACAAGCCUAGAAGCCUCCCCCGCGACCAAUGGCAGCAGGAGGCCGCCACAGGGUACCGGAGGCUGAGGAAGGCGCCGGAGUCCGACCUCAGAGUCCCACCGCCACCCCAGACGCCGAGGACGCGUUCGAGGUGGUACCUAUUCGUGCUCGGGUCGGUGAGAGUGCCGGCGGCGAUGGAGAUAAAGGACAUCAGGAGUCGGCAGAGGCGGCGGUGCCCGGCGGGGGUGCCUGAGGAUUCCGGGCGGUGGAGCCGCCAAGGGAGCAAGUCGUGGAAAUUGCUCCGGUCGCUGAGCUGCAACGGGGUGGAGAGCGCCGUCGCGGCGGCGCCGCCGAGCUUCGUCUCGCACGUGUGAGGGCCAGAGCCUGUAUAUCCCAUCACUGGCUUGAACUGGGAAUUCUGGUGAGAAUUCGGUGGGCAUUUUCUUUGCCCAAUUUGUUUUAUAAGAAUUUAAAUCGCAUUCGAGGAAAGGCGGCGUACUUUAUCGAGUUGGAGGUCACGGUAUUGUAUUCAUGGCGGCACUUUGGCAAUGUCUACUUUGGGAUAUACCGUGAACUAAUAAUGAGACGGAGUGCAGCACUUUGGAUAUGCAGUAGAAUAAAGCUUGAGUCUGUGCACAUCUAGAAAUUGAAUUUUAGUGAAAAAGAGUAAAUUAAGCAGAGCUAGAUGAGUUAAGAUAUUUUUGAAGGUUUUAUUCCUUUUAGGAAAAAUGCUAUCUUGAGAUGAUGUCUUUCUAGCUUUUUAAUAAAUAUAGACUUGAUUUACGAGCAUUAAAAAUGAAUUUUGCAUUCUUUUCAGUUCUUCAUGUUAGAGAAAUGGUGGGGCACCAUCACUCGGUCAGCAAUAGCCCUUUCUUUGUAGAGCAAGAUUUCAAUAGUUGCUAGUAUGCCCGUAUUGAUAAAAAAAUAUUAUUUAGAUAUUGUUA